AGUUCGGGAAAUUCUCUUCCCCGUGCGUCCUUGCCUGGCUUCGGCCUGCGACCCGAAGCAUGAGCCGCAUCUACCACGACAGCGCGCUGGCGAACAAGGCAGUGCGCAGCGCGCGGCUGCCGGGCACCUGGAACCCCGCCGAGCACCAGGGGGGAAACGGCGUCCUGGUGGAGGGAGAGCUGGUGGAUGUGUCUCGGCACAGCAUUGUGGACGCUAAUGGCAAGAAGGAGCGCUACUACGUGCUGUACCUACAGCCCAGCCGCAUCCAUCGCCGAAGGUUUGACCCUAAGGGGAAAGAAAUUGAGCCCAACUUCAGUGCCACCAGGAAGGUGAACACGGGCUUCCUCAUAUCAUCCUACAAGGUGGAAGCCAAGGGGGACAGCGACCUGCUCACACCUGAGGCCCUGAGGGGGCUAGUGAAUAAGUCCGAGCUGCUGCAGCUGACUGAGAGCCUUACACCUGACCAGACAGUGGCCUUCUGGAUGCCUGAGGAAGAGAUGGAAGUGAUGGAGCUAGAGUUGGGGACCCGGGUACGGCUGAAAACACUGGGUGAUGGCCCCUUCGUAGAUUCAUUAGCCAAACUAGAAGCUGGAACAGUGACCAAGUGUAAUUUUGCUGGUGACAAAAAGACAGGAGCAUCCUGGACUGAUAACAUCAUGGCCCAAAAGUCUUCACAGGAGGCUGCAGCGGAGACCCGGGAGCAAGGAGAUGGGGCAGAGGACGAGGAAUGGGAUGACUGACAUCGUGGGCCAUGCAGGCUUCUGGGCUGGUGCCUCUUCUGUAGCCCUCUUGAGAAUUUUCCCCACCAGCUUCCUCUCUGGAGCUGGAUGGAGCUGGCUGGAAGCCUUACCUGUUUCUUCCUACGACCAUCUCUGAAUGCCCAUUAAAGGACCUGAGCUGCAGUCAAAUCCAAGACCACAACUUUGGCCAAGACCCUGGACUCUGGCUCAUGGGGCAAAGGAAUCCUCUUUGGGUACAAGUCUUAGCUUCUCUGGACAUUUUUCCUUGGUGGCAGCCUGUUUCAGGACAAUCAGAAAGGAACUGGUGCAGAUUUGGGGUACCUCAGGUAGACACAUACCCCUGGUCUAAAUGCACAGGGUUCCUCGUUCUUGCUCCUCCCCACUUCCCUGCCUGGGCCCUUUUUAGUCCUGUGUUGCAGCCUCUGCUUUCUUGCCUCAAUCUCUCCUUCCCCACCUUGUACCGAAGAUACCAAUUCUUCAUUCUUCUGAGCCAUGUCCCCUGGGGGUCCUGUCCUUUGCCUCCCCUGGUUAUUGUCCUGGUGCAGCUGGCUGGUCCUUUGUUUUUUUCAGUGUUCCAGAUGGAGCCCAGGGCCAAGUGCAGGCCCAACAAGUGCUCUAACCACUGAACUGCAUCCCUUGUCCUGGGAUGCAUUUUUGUAAUCACCUCUGUUGUUGUUUUAUACUUUGAGCACUUCUUAUGAAUGAGUACGUCUUCAGAAGGAAUUCCCCUCCAGAGACAGGGUGCUUGUCAGGUGCUAACCACUCCCUGCAGCUGGGAAUUGUGCUUAGAGGAGGGAGCAUUUGGCUCUGGCCAUGAACACUGCCUGUUGGGAGCAGGCCCACACUCUUGAUGCUCCUUGGAGUCUUCAUGUUCUAGGUUGAAGUCUGCACAUCCAUGUCUUGUGGUUCCUGCCUGACAUGGGGGAAAUGGGAUGGCGACCGUGAACAAGUAAUGGUGUAUCUCACACAGUGCCAGGAUUAUUAUAGCCACUGAUGACAGAGUUCUUCCUGGUGCAGUCCUCGUGCUAAGUACCUCACUAUCUCAAGUGUCACAGCAGUCCUAUGAGGUACUUGUGAUCAUUAGCUGUUCUUCCAUAUGCACCUGAAGAUCCAGGCUCUAUAGAUAGCCAGAGAGGAAUUUAGGCCCGCACAGUUCCCAAAGCCCACAUUCUUUACUACUGGACUGUUCUAUUUCCACGUGCACUACCGGAGAAGAGAAGGGUGUUCUGAGAGGUUAAGCAGCCUGCCUGGUGGCAGAACCAGGACUCGGGUGUCAGGCUGUCAG